UCUUACUGACUCUCUCACCCCGCUUGGUAUCGUUAUACGCUGAAGAGACAGUCCUGAGUACUUGAUCCGAUGUGCAGUGUUACUUCUCAAAGCAAGUGCAAUAUUAGUUCAGUCCCUGGACUCUCGUUUCUUCCUGCCCCAUAUGGGUGCUGAACCCGGCCGGGCGGGCGAAAAGAGAGUCCUUCUCGGGUUUAGCCCUGAAUGGGGCGGGAAGAAAGGAGAGUCCAGGGACUGGACUAGUGCAAUAUAUACCGAUUUUGCAAACGGAGGAUUAAUUAAAUUUAGUUUGUUGUUAUUGGUGUUGUUGUUUUUCAUCCAAGAUUGUGGCAAAGCGUACUUCCUACUAAAUCAUACCGCUGUCUUUCAUUACAGCCUAUUCAAAGAUUAUUCAGUGCAUUUAGUCGAGGGCCGGAGGGGUACUCACCAAGGUUAUUGGUGAAGUGUGCGGCACGAAUUAUCCUUGAAACAUGAACCCUAUUUCAGACCAUUAUCUGUGAUUUUCCAUACCCUCUUUCAGACCUAAACCAAAAAUUAAUACCCCAUUUCAGCCCUCUAAAAUUAGUACACAGCUCUGACAUACGACCGCAACUAACCAGAAAUGGUUUCCAUUCCGGUAAAAAUUUGGGAAGAGCUACAAAUUCGCCAAUGUUGAUGCGGAAAAAACUUUCAUUGCAAACAAAAUACCCAUUGUCAAGCCAGAGUGAAAAACAUGUCCUUUUUCAGACCAAAAUGGUCAAAAACCAUAUCCAUUAGCGCCACUCUUUCCUGUAUGGCCCAUAUGAGGGAGGUCAAGGCUUAAAGAGUAAAGACUGGUUUUCCAAAUUUUCCACACAUUUAAAAAACCCCGAUACUUAAGCAGCUGGGUUGUUCUUUACAGGAUAUUGUUUUACAUGAUAACACCAAUGGCUGUCGCCAAUACGCAGGGAUAGGUUUGUUUCAAGCAAAUCAGUAUAAGAACCAAAACGACUCCUGAGAUAUAAUUGAAUUUAUACAUGCGACUGCCAUGAGACAAACGCUAUCCAAAGUGAUAUUUUUCCAAGUCAUUUUUCAAAGCAUUUGUUUCUUGAGGUUCGCUAAAAUUGUAAAUAUAAAUAAUUUUAUUUUGACCUUGUGUGUUUUUGAACCAAGAUUACACUUUGUUUUGUCUGUUAGGCGGAGUUUUUAUUUCAUAUCAUAUAAGUAUGUCGCCUUAGUGUCAAUGUAAAUAUCAAGAAGUUUGCUUUACGCAUAAAGCAGACAAGAUUCGCAAAUAACGUGACAUUUUAAAGACAAUCGGGGCUAUUAGAAAACCGAGCAGCUAACUACACCUGCUGUUUCAGCCAGUUUCUUUCUCGGUUUUCUGAAAAAUGGCGUCUUCGAACUCUACCUCAAAUGAGUCCGUGGUGUGUGAAGCUCCUUGCUUCCUUCAUGACACGGAUUUAGUUCGCGUUUUCCGCGUCGCUCCGUUUGCGCUGAUCGCGUUUUUCGCGAUAACAGGUAACAUUCUGGUGCUGGCGGUUGUCUGGAGAAAGAAAACAAUGAGAAAAACCAUCAACUUCUUCAUUGCUAACAUGGCGUUGAGCGAUUUAAUCUUCUCUUUGGUUUACAUUCCCCGGAUUGUCACCAUCCUAUCUCUUGGAUACAAGUGGCUCGUUCAUGGUUUAGUGGGCUUGAUAUUUUGCCAUAUGAUAUCAUCUCUCGUUGAAAUAACAGUCAUCGUUUCCGUCCUAACGAUCGUUGCGAUAAGCGUGGAACGUUUUCUGGCCGUAACGUCCCCGUUACGAGCGUUAGUUACGACAAAAAUUUGCGCGUUCGUUAUCUCCGCUGCGUGGCUGAUCGCGAUAAGUGUGAAAAUCCCGACCCUUUUUGCGUCAAGCUUGGUUGAUUUUCAAGGUAAAACGUACUACAUUGUCGACUUCGAUUUAACUUUUGGUGCAGGUUCGGGCCAGAUCUACUUCAAGUUUGUGUUCAUAGUUUUAUAUGCGAUACCCUUCUUAGUCACUGUGCUGUUAAAUUCAGCGAUUGUUGUUACGAUGCUCAAAAGGAGAGUCCCAGGAUACUCGCUUUCAGAAGCUUGCAACAGACAAAGGGAAGAAACUAACCGUCGCGUGAUGAGAAUGGUUCUUGUUUUAGUAUUAGCGUUUCUAUUAUGCUGGUCGCUCUAUUUCGUCUUGAUGGUGCUGCGUAAAAAUGGUGUGCGUGUUUCCUGUGAUGUUCUGUACUUGAGGUUGCUGCUGGCUCACUUCAACGCCGCGCUCACUCCCUGGUUGUACGUGAUGUUUAGCGAAAAUUUCCGCCAAGGAUUUGAAGAUAUUUUGUCCCAGCUGGGAUGUCCGGUUCUUUUCGCUCGUCAGAGUGACUCUGUGCAAUGUACCUCUAUCACGAGUGGCAGACAAAAUUCUGCGGUAGAUAAUUUUGAGGCAUGUUUUGAACUUAAGACUUUGGGAUCUCCCCACACCGGCUCAACUGCGCAGUUGCUGGAUUGAUCUUCUAAUCGCCAUAUUUCCACGAUAUUUUUUUCAGAUUGAACUUUUUUUUAUGUGAUCUAAGAAUGCUUUUGUAGCAGUUUUUCUGUGAGUGUGUAACUGUACAUCUGCGCGCAUAAUUCCUAAUCCUAGUUUCUAGCUAAAGGGGCGGAACCCAUCUUACGAGGGAUAAGUCAUGUUUUUUUUCUGGAGAAAUCGCGGCCACAGAUGUUAAUCACCUUAGAUUCUGGGCUGAAAAGUCAGAGACCAUUUCCUUAAUUGCCCAAUUAUGUAUUCUGUUUAGGUAAUAAAAACCUGUUCCUGUUAGGAAUAUUUUGACCGCAAGUUUAUGGCUACUCUAAAGAAUUAUUUGGUUCUGGCUUUGAAACGCCAUUUUUUCCUCGUGUCCACGUGACGUAAACACGAGGUAUAUGUGGGCCUUCCCUACAUUCCUCUGUAAGAAUUAUAUUCGCGUUUCUGUGUAAGAAAUUCCUGUCUAAACAUUCUUUGCGUUCUUAAUGUAAGAUUCCUGUGCAGGGUGGCUCUGGAAACUCUGGGUUAAUCAAUUUUGUCUACGAAAGAUAGCCAUAAAAAGUUGAACUGACGGCGGUUUGUGCUAUUGGUUUUGGCAACCACGCUUUACAGAUUGAAGACACUAUUUAUUUCUUGUUUUUUUACGGGGAUUGGCAUGCAGACCUUGGAGACUGAAGCAUUUGUGACAGGCUGUUUUUACUGUUAGUGUCCGAGUCCACGGGUCACACAACUCGCUCCCGAUUUAACCAAUUUUGACAACAGGUGACAGGCUAAAACGUUGAAGUGUCGACUUUUCUUAGUCACGCAGACAAAUCUAAAGAUUGCAACGAGCGAAUUAAAAACUAACAACUAAUGCGUAUUUUCUGCACAUAAACAAACAGGUAUAAAUCACAUAAAAUUAUAGUUAAUAUUAUGUAUGUUAUGAUCAAUAUCUCACUCUAUAUAUCAACAUGGGCCAGAUCAGGGCGUCAGGUCAGAUGGAAUUAAUGUGUAAUGAUACCGGAAGUGUAACGCUUUUGUUUUGCUUACUUAAGACUGCGAGCAGUCUCUCUUUUGCUUGAAAACCCGUGGGGAAGAAGGCAAAUCAAAUGAACGUGCGAGCGUGACUGCGAGCGUGACAUACAAGGGGCGAGCGACGCCCGCGUUACUUACAGCUCGCGGCUUCGUAUGUGACCCUCGCACGCUCAAUUCGCCUUAAUCACAGUCCGCCAUGUUGGAUGCAACGUCACCAUUUUUCGCAUCAAAGCGAGGCCACGCGUGUUGAAACAUCAUGGCUGAGUCAGCGAGUACUUUGAUUUCUU